AUGGAGUCACAACAACUGCCUACAGACCCAGCAGUGCAUCCUAGACCCCAGCGGGAGAGACGGCUACCCUCACACCUGGAUGACUUUGCAGUUGGAUAUCAUCCCACAGUUACAGAUCCAUCUACCCAGCCUGCACCAGUACCUACAGCUGAGGAUGGAGCAGCAGCCCCAGAGCUCACUGUGCUUAGAUCACCUUCGCCACAACUGCCUGUGAGAAUACAGUCACGCCGAGGCUCAGUAGCUUCUCACCACAGUACAGCCAGAUCCCAAGCCAGUGCUCGUUCACUAUCCCAGAGAUCUCUUACUAAGACGCUGUCAGAGCUGCAGAAUGCCAUGUUGGAGGAGAGGAUGAAGCGCAUGGAGCUAGCAGAGGCACAGAGGCAACAAGCACGAGAGGCCUUGCAUGAGAAAGAAGAGCUUCUCAGAGAGCAAGAGCAGCAGAGACGUCGACUAGAGGAGAAAGCGGAGAUUGCGUAUAAGACCAAAGAGGCUAUCACCAGACAGCAAAUACUGCAACGCAGACUGAAGGAGAAAGAGAUGGAAGUAGAGAAAGCUGCUCUUAUCACUUCCUUCCUGAAAGAAGAGGAGACAAAGAGUCCACCCCACUCCAGGCCCCUCAGUGUAAGUGAGUACAACCUGAGGCUCCCAUCCACAGCCCAGCCAUUACCACCACGCUCACAGGGUCCCCCUGAUAUGCUCCACUCUACUCCUGUCACCCAAGCUCCUCCUCCAGUCAAUAUAUAUACAGUCAAGCCUCCUGUCUCUACUAGUCCCUCACCAAUCCUAGCUGCUGCUAUACAAGACCGUGUUUCUGCCAUCACCAUCCCUCCUGUUGUUCCAGUCGCCAACCCUAGUCCACUACCACGUCAUAGCCACACGGUGGGUGCCCUCAUACAGCAUGCUGCAUCACCUUCCUAAUUGCCAUAUACUGCUCCAUUCAACCAAGCACAGAUGAUCCGCAGCCACGCCCAAGUCCAGCAUGUGCCUUCUCCUCCAUCCCAGCCAAUGCCACAGGCUGUGAACACGCUGCCUUAUCCUGCCCUGCCAUCUAUCCCUCCCCAGGUGACAGGUCCUCCUCCAGGCCUCAGAGCAGCACCUGGCACAGACUUGCUGGAGUUAUUAGUUGCCACGUCCUAUGGACUUCCUCGGCCAGCCUUACCCCAUUUCACUUCUGGGAAAGAAUCAGACUUUGCCCUACUCAAGAUGGCUCUUGACAAUUUACUCAAUGCCCAUGCCCAUCUCACUGAACAAUUCAAAUACCAAGUCCUCCUUGAUUAUUUGAAGCUGCCCAGCGCCUACAAACUAGCCCAAGCCUACAUGCACGACCCCAGGCCGUACACAUCCGCUCUCCAGGCGCUUCAAGAUAAAUAUGGACAGCCACACCAGCUUGUGCAGAGUGAGCUAAGCGCCAUCUUGAACUCACCACCCAUCCGAGCUGGAGACCCAGAAGCCUUUGACAACUUUGCCCUGUCAGUACAGGCUUUAGUGGGCAUGCUUCGAUCUCUAGAGGGAGAAAAUGGUUAUGAGCUGAGAUGUGGAUCUCAUGUCGACAGGCUGCUCAGCAAGCUACCUGCUAACUACAGAGAUGGUUUCG